AUGCAAUCAAACACUCCAUGGAAGAAGACAUUUGUGGCCCUCAGUCUGAAAGAUUUGAGUGGUGACAUUAUUAACUGCACAUUAUGGGAGAGCUAUGGUUCUAAGUUUUUGGAUUAUUAUAAUGACCCAAAUAACACGGGUGCUAUUGUCAUCAUACUAACCCAUGCAAUGAUCAAGGAUUCCCAGGUAUCCAAUGCAUGGAGUGGUUCUAAGCUGCUAAUCAACAAAGACAUCCCAGAGAUUUCUGAGUUUUUGUCAAAGUUGCCUGCAAAUGAGCAAUCCCAAAAGCCUUCGCAAUCUGCCAAAUCUAUGUCUCUUUGGUCUGGUGGAUCUCAGUUUACAACACUUGAAAAAUUUGUUCAUAAAGCAAAGUGCAUUCCUUUGAGUCAAUUCUGCAAAAUCAAACAAGACAUGUUAUGUGUGACUGUUGGAACUACCACGAAAUUUUAUGUAUCCAAGCAUGGUUGGUUUUACUAUGGUUGCACAAAGUGCUCUGUGAAGGCUACUGAUUUGAACAAUCCAUACAAGUGUAUCUGUGGCGAAAAUGUUCACAAACUCAUACCAAGGUACAAAGUUGAUAUAUAUGUUUAUGACGGUGAAUCAAAGUUCCGAUUUGUAUUUUGGGAUGCCGACUGUGAGCAGAUUAUAGGACAGUCUGCUGAUAGCAUGCAUAAAUCAAUGUUAGAGAAUGGUGAAGAUGAUCCCAUGGUUUAUCCUGACGAGCUUGACAUGUUAUUGGAAAAGAAAAUGGCUUUGAGAGCUAAAGUACAACCAACCUUUGGGCAAGCAUCUGUUUGGAAGCUGUCUUAUGAUGAAGAAUUUGUCAGUCAAAUUGAAAAGGAUUAUAUUGCUGAUGAGGCUCAUAGUCUUCCUCCCAUGCAAAAUGCUGUUGCUGAUCAUGUUGAUACUUCCAUGGAGUCCUUAUCUGCAUUUGGAGAAAAUGAUCCUGACAAGAGUUUGGCCAAUACCCCUUCAAAGAGUGUUUCUCAUUCUGUUGAUGUUGAAGAAUCGGAUUGUCAGAUUUUAGGGCUUACACAAUAUUCAGGAACCAAACCACCCAAAAAAGUGAAGAUUGAACCAAAUGCUUGA